UUUGAAUGCUGUUCCGCAAAGCAGAAGUGUUGCGGAUGUAGGCAGCGGCCUGUGUGCUGCAGCAGCGCAGCCCGAGCAGCCAUGAACCCGGAGGAGCAGACUGUAACCUGGCUCAUCUCUCUAGGAGUGCUUAAUUCCCCUAAAAAGAACAUCGCGGAUCCGGAGGGGUUUCUCAAAACAUCACUUAAAGAUGGAGUCGUUCUGUGCAAGCUUAUGGAGCGACUGGUACCUGGAUCUGUCACAAAGUAUUGUCCGGAUCCUAAGUGUGAAGCCGACUGCAUUGCUAACAUUCGAGAGUUUUUGAAAGGAUGCACCUCUUUAAAGGUUGAGGGUUUUGAGCCGGAGAGCUUAUAUACUGGUGAAAAUUUUAGCAAGGUUCUGUCUACACUGACAGCAGUAAACUUCGCCACUCAAGAUUGCAGUACAGAGAGACCAUGUCCCCAGUCCAGCUCCUCUACUCCUAACUUGUCAGUCUCAUCAUCAUCCACCUCAAGGUCCAAAUCCUUGCGAAGACAAUCAAAAGCUGUGGAGAUGUCAGAAAACGGAGCAGGUGGCCAGCUGGUGGUGAAGGCACGUUUCAACUUCAAACAAAACAACGAAGACGAGCUGUCAUUCAACAAGGGCGAGCUGAUCCAUGUCACCCGGCAGGAGGAGGGCGGAUGGUGGGAGGGACAGCUCAAUGGCAAGACUGGCUGGUUCCCUAGCAACUAUGUCCGAGAGGUCAAACCAUGUGAGAAACCAACCUCCCCUAAAGCAGUAAAGGGGUUCGAUGUUCCACAGCUGACCAAAAACUACUACAAUGUGGUGGUACAAGAUAUCCUGGAGCACGAGCGUGAGUUUGUGAAAGAGCUCCAGACAGUACUCUCCUGCUAUCUGCGACCUCUACAGGGCAGUGACAAGGUUUCAAGUGCAGAAAGCAGCAGUUUAUGUGGAAACUUGGAGGAAAUACUUACUUUCCAACAGGGACUUUGUGCCUCGCUGGAGGAAUGUAGCAAGAUGCCUGAAAGCCAGCAGCGUCUCGGAGGCUGUUACAUGAACUUGAUGUGCCAGGUCCGAACAUUGUACCUGUCCUAUUGCUCCAGCCACCCUUCUGCAGUGGCUGUACUCACUGACCACAGUGACGAGCUGGAUAAGUUCAUGGAGAGUCAGGGAGCCAGUCCUCCAGGCAUUCUGACUCUGACCACCAGCUUGAGCAAACCCUUCAUGAGGUUGGAAAAAUAUCCCACCUUGUUGCAGGAGCUGGAAAGACACGUAGAGGAAGCCCAUCCAGACUACGGAGACAUUCUGAAGGCAAACAUUGCUUUUAAAAAUCUUGUGAUACAAUGCCAGGAUCUGCGCAAGAGAAAGGACCUGGAGGUGCAGAUACUGUCCGAGCCGGUGCGUGGCUGGGAGGGAGACAGCAUCAAGUCUCUCGGCCAGGUGUCCUACAUGUCGCAGGUGCACGUGCAGAGCAGCUCUAGUGAGGAUAAAGAAGAGCGCUACUUAAUGCUGUUUCCCAAUGUGUUAAUUCUGUUGUCUGCCAGCCCACGAAUGAGUGGCUUCAUCUAUCAGGGUCGGCUGCUGCUCUCAGGGUCUACAGUGACUAAACAUUUGGAGGAUACGGAGACGGGUCAUUAUGCGUUUGAGAUUGGAGGAGGUACGAUCGAGCGUGUGACAGUUUUCUGCAAUAGUUCCCAGGACCUGCAGGAAUGGCUGGAGCACCUGCAUGUUUUUAUCAAAGGUGGAAGUCCAGUAGGAACCAUACUAAAAAAUGUAGAAAGCAAACCCAUGAGCAUGGUAGGCACAGCAUCUCAUCCGAGCCACGCGCAGGGCUUUGGCACGUCCGCGGGCACUUGCUGCCCUCUGGAGCCACCCAAGGUCACCAAGCCAUGGUCCCUGAGCUGCUUGAGACCCGCUCCCCCACUUAAACCAUCUGCAGCCCUGGGCUAUAAGGAGAGGAUGUCUUAUAUCAUGAAGGAUACAAGCAAAAGCCCUAAACCCAUCAAGAAGUUCCUGAACAAGAGAAAGACAGAGAGAAAACCAUCAGACGAUGAAUAUUUGCUCCGAAAAAGUACCGCAGCUUUGGAGGAAGAUGCCCAAAUUCUGAAGGUGAUUGAAGCGUACUGCACUGGAGCCAGCCUGCACCAAACCACAACAGCUGUGCGUAAGGACGGCGUCCCUCCAGUCCUGCUACCAGAGGAGGAGAAGAUCAUUGUCGAAGAGAUGAAGAGCAAUGGCCAAACAAUCACAGAGGAGAAAAGCCUCGUCGAUGCUGUCUACGCACUAAAAGACGAGGUCCACGAGUUAAAAAAGGAAAACAGGUGGAUGAAGCAGUGUCUGGAAGAAGAGCAGAAAUCCCGCAAAGAGCUCGAGCGCCUGGUCAGGAAGUUGGCUAAACAGAAGAAUGAUUAUGUGUGGGAAGAUGGAGGCCAUUAAGUAACAUUCUAAAUGUUCUCCCCUUCUGCGUGUGUGAGUGCGUGUGGCUGUGUGUGCGCGCGCGUAUGAGAGAGAGUGGGUGGAUGAGUUGCUAGUUUUGGGUUCACACCAAAUGUUGCAAUGCGAAAGCCUUCCUGCCUUGUAAAAAUUUUUUUUUAACAAUAACUUUCUUUGUGGAUUUCUUGCUAUGAGAUCAUUUUGCUUAACUUGGUUUCAGAAGAGGUUCAUGCAGCAUGUGCUUAGUUUCUGUGACUGGGACAAUAAAAAGUGUUAGACACUUAUGCAAAAGAACUACAACCUGAUGUGAAAGUCUGCAUCUCUGGAGUGAUGUACUUGGCCACCCAUUAAGAGAUGAACCGAUGCAGUAUAAUAUAAUAAGUGUAAACAAACAGCAGAUUCUAGCUAUCUGGAAAUCUAGCCGUUAUUUCCAUGCAUUUGGAAGGAGGGAAAGAUUCAGUGUUUAGACUUGUGCUGGAAAAUAAGGUUAAAUUUUCAACCAGAAAACAUGAGUGUGUGUUUGUGUGCCCGCCUGCCACUGUGUGCUUUCCUGAUAAAGCUACUAUUCAACAAGCAUGAAAGUGAGUUCAAAGGCCAUAUGCCUUUAUGUGUGAAACUACCAUUAUGGUGCGCUGGCAGACAUUUCCACUUCUUUGUAUGUCUUUAUUUUAAAUUAUGUAUGUUUAUUUGAUUGCUACACAAAACAUUCGUGCUUGAUAUUAGGAGCUAUAGUCAUGUUAUGUUGCACAUGAACGACAUGAGAUGGUUUACUAUUCAUCUCGAAUUUAAUUUGACUGUUUGCUUGUUCUUGCCUACUUUCAAUUUUAAUUUUUAUUUUUUAGCCUUUUGAAUAAUUUGCAAAGUAGCUGGUGCGUUAUUACCAGUCAUCAAAAAAAAAUCCCUUAAACUUUGUUGCUGUCUGUUACAAUUUGCAAUAUACUGUACAGUAUUUCUUUACAUCAGAUCAUUUUAUUUUUGUUUCUCUUAUUGUCGUUAUGGUUAAAAGCCGUUUAUAGCAAACGAUGCAGCUAUUCAUAAAAAAAUGACAAUAAUAUUUCAAUAUUAUUAAGGUAUAAUUUAUAACAAUGUAUGUAUAUCAUAUAUACUUAAAAGAGUAUAUAAUAGCUAGUAUAGCCAAAAAUAACGAUUUAAGCUUUCCUAUUUAGAAAUAAUACAACAAUUGAUUAUAACCUUCAUACAGCAUUGUGAGGUUGUAAAAAUAUAUUUAUUUUUGAAUGCAGUAGUCCUGUAUUGAGAACAUGGUACUUGGGCAUCAUGAAGCACUCUUUCUGUGACCUUACACCUCAAUUAACAGUCUGGUCUUACACACAGUUUGUAGGAUUCUUUUUUUAAUUAUUAGUGAAGACGAUUUCAUUGUUCUUUUUUGUUUGUUU